AUGACGAUGGUCGGAUACAUACGAAUUGACGGUGCCAUCUAUCGCUUUCUUGGCGUAGAUACAAUUGGUGAUGUGGCAAUGAUAACAAAUGGGACCAUUCCUCCUCUUCAGCAGAUAAACUUGCGUGUUCAGCCUACACAAACACAAUUUACAUUCCAAGGAUAUGGAAUUGAAUUAACUCUGACGUACACUCAGCCAGCAUUUCCUGAUCAAUUGAACUAUUUUACACGUCCAUACGUUUACAUCACCACUGAAGUUCGUUCUUUAGAUUCAACACCGCACUCUGUCCAAUUGUACAUGGAUUUUGUUAGCGACAUAGUCGUGAAUAAUCUGAAUGACUGGAUUAUGUGGGAGGAUGUUAGUUUUGACUCUCAGUCUAAAAUCUAUCGUCAUCAGUCUUACAACCAAUAUGCAUUUGUCGAUCAUGGUGAUCGAACAAAACCUAACUGGGGACACUUGUAUUUAGCCACACAGUCGUUAUAUCUUAGUAGUUCCACUCAAACAAAUGUGUUUCUGGCAAGACAGGCAUUCAUGAACGGAGGAAGACAGUUACCACAAAGAGACAACGAGCAACAACCAAAACCUGCUAAAGACAAUUGGCCGGUAAAUGCUUUCCUGUAUGAUUAUGGACAAGUAGAGAUUAAUGUUAAUUUAUCGUCUUACAUUAUUCUUGCUUAUGAUGAUGUUUAUUCAAUGAACUACUUCUCUCACUACCAAAUACCGUAUUGGAAGCAUAUUUAUGGUAGUUGGAGACGAAUGCUAAGUGCAGCAUUUCAAGAAUAUGAACAAAUUAAACAAAUGGCUAAUGAGUAUGAUGAGAAAUUAAUUCAAGAAUACUCAAACACGGCAGGUAUUUGA